AUGAUCGAGAGACGCUGCUGGUUGUGUAUUAUGGCCGGCACGGCGAGAAGAACGAGGAUAACCAGCUCGUCUGGCUUCGCUACUCCUCGUAAUGAUGCGCCAAUGUCGUCCAAGAACCUCCGAGGGAUCCCGCAAGUCAAUUGGAGCGCUCAGCAAGCACUGUUCUUACACAAAUGUGACUCGCCUGUCAUAUUUAUGCUGGGCUGCUGUUACGCCGGUGCAUCAGUGCAUCGUGAGCAGAGUUCUAGCACCGUCGUAGCGCUCGUCGUGACGGGCUUCCACAGCGUGGCUCCCAUGCGCGGCAGUGACAGCUUCACAACCUUUCUAACCAAGGCCCUCAAACAAAUGCGAGAGAACCAGGAAGCCGUCGACAUCAGCUACCUCAAAACGAUGAUUUCGGACAUACUGAACAGUUCAAAUGCGCUCGGUGAAAGGGGCACCGAUAGGCGCGUGACGCCUGAUUACUUUCCCUUUUUCAACGACCCGAAAAGAGCCAUCACCUUGAGAGUCUUGCCCGUGCCAGGCGACCAUGGAAGCCCAAAAGUUGUCCCGAUCGCAGCGGUAGAGCGCAAGGCGGAGCCAUCACCUCAGUCGGUGCCCCAGACACCUGUGAGAAACGGGGCUCGCAAUCCUCCACCUGCACCAACCCCUAAAUCGACACCACCUCGAACUCCAAGGUCGUCGAUAGGCCUGCGCAAAAGUGCGCGAGCAACACAAUCACUAUCUCCAUCGGAUCGCGCCUUCGAACGCCGAAAACUGCUCCAACUUCAGCAAGGAAGGCAAUCGCAGAACUUCGCUGGCGGUUCAUCCAACUCUUCAACAGGCUCUGAGGCAGCUCCGACGACCCGGCGAUACCAUUGUCGUGUGGGUGACCAGCUUUGUAUCAACUGGGUUGAUGAGAAAGAGCCACAGGACCAAGGAGAGCUGAUACCCGGCAUCUUCCAACGCGCGUCUAAACUUGGAGAGGCCAGUGACGACAGCUACACAGCUAUCGAUUUCAUUCCAGACCUCCUCGACCUAACGUUAAUCGACUUGCUCGUCAAGGAAGAAAGCAUACCCGUCAAGUGGCAAGCACUGAUUAACCUUAUGAAACCGCCAUACUUUAGCCGCCGCUGGGUGUUUCUAGAAUUGAUGCUUGCCAAGCACGCAGUGCUAUACUGCGGGGGCGCUCUCAUUGACUGGGGCGAGUUUACCGACGCCGUAAUCAUCCUAGGCUCUCGCUACGAUGAUGUUCGUCUUCUAGUAAGAGCUGCUGUACCUUCAGACCAAAGUAGCAAGCUAGACAGCUUGGUGGAUCCUCGAAGUCUGGCAGCCUACUCCAUUGUGGAGGCGUCGCGCGAGUACUUCCGACGACAAGGUGACGGGUCGAGCCUCGCCACUUGCAAUCUUGAGGAGUUGGUCUCGCGGCUGCCGGCACUUCAGUCAUGGCAUCCUAUAGCUGUUAUCUACGCACUGCUACCCUUAGCUACCGACCGCCAGCUUUGGACGUAUGAAGCAAGUGAUAGCCCGCUCGAAUCCCUCGACAUCAUUUGUCGACCUUGGGCGCCUAAAACCAAGGCCGGCUCAAGAUUCCAUUCCGAGUACGGCACAUGGCCCAGGGCAGAGAAGCUGCCAUCUUGGAUCUGCCAGGUCAACCAUCUCCCCUUUGGCGAGGACAGCAAGACAGGUCGCAAGAGCGGAGACCUCUUCAUCGGCCAUGCCAAUUGGCCCUUCUAUGCUGCAGCAGGUGGUUCUAUCGCAACCCCCAUUUUCGGAAAACUAUCCAAGAGCGGCAAGCGAGAGCUCAACCGCUCAAUGACGGUCAACGGUUUUGUGAAUGAAUCGAGAUGUUCAAGGGGCCGGAGGACGAACUUAGCGACAGCUUUGUACCCGAUCACCUAUGGCGCACGCUCGUGGCGGAUCGUGGUCCAGAUGGCACAUUGGCACCGCUGUGGUAUCACCAAGCUUGUUUGCACUGGUUCCAAGAAUUCUAUGGCAACGACAUCACGAGAGCCUAAUUCGCGACCGGCAGCACUCAUCCAUGGCGCUGCAGUUUAUCCGGCGCGUGCGAAGCGUCAUCUGGAACCGUACUCUCUUCACUACUACAGACGUCAAGGGUCUAACACACACGAAUUGGUAUUGUUCUGGGGCGGUCAUUUUAGUAUCAACGAGUUUCAAGAGCACCAAAUGAUUUACAGCGUCAUGAGAGCUCUGCGGAAGGAGCGCCUUGAUCAAAUACAUCUCCGGCGACGAUCGCCUCGACUACGUGCAACCACUUCCACCAAGGCUUCCCGCCAGGCCCGCUACCCUCUCCGAUCCCAGGAGCAUCUCGAGCAGGCCUUAGACGCAUUCAGAUCCCAGCAGCUCGCCAUCAACCCAAAAGAAGCAGAAACCGAGACACAUGAAGGCUCGCUUGCCUCAGACAUAGAAACAGACUCAAUAGUCGCGGCCCCCAAGCCCUUCCCCUUCUUCGCCCUCCCCGCCGAACUCCGCAAUCAAAUCUACACCCACCUCGCCGCCACCGAAAACACCGUCACCGUCGCCAUGUGCCGCUCCCGCAUCUCCGCCGACUGGCACGCCGGCUACAAGCCCCUCCUCCCCAAGCCCCCAGCCCUGCUACAGGUCUGCGAGCAAGCCCGCACGGAGUACUUCCCUAUCUGGGUCUCCCAGACUGAAUUCACGCUCGGCCUCGCGUCCGACGACAGUAUUGAGGUUGUGAGGAUGUGGCUGGAGUGGAUUCGCCCGUUCGCGGGUUGCCUCAAUCAGAUGAGCUUCAUCCUACGCGGGGAGGCGUGGACGGAUAGGCGGAGCGAUCUGCCUAAGCAAGCAGGGGUGGAGAUAAUGUAUGAGAGGUAGGCGGAGUAUUGGUUUAAUUUUAAGGAAGGGGUAGCGGAUGAGGAUUUGAUCUUUAUGGAUGGGGAGAAGUUGGUGUAUUCGGCGCCGGAGGAUAAGUCGAAGACUGUCAGCACAGAACGCGAGGCAUUUAAGACUGCCGUCGAGGGUCUGCGGAAGAAACGUCAAGCGAGCACCCUUGUCGUGGGGGAUAUCAAGAAACUCGUGAAUGCGCUGGUGAGCGAUCAUGGGAAUUUGGUGGAGAAGCGCGUUCUGAGGAGGCGGUUUGGGCCGUGGUAGGCGCACUGUCGAAGCGACUGGAGAUAUGAGUGUGGGAAGCCUGGAACUCGCGGAGUUCUUAGGCGCCUUGGUGUCGAGAAGGUCCACGGAAUGGCUUUUCAACUUCAUCGGCUCGCUUCUACCCUGCCUUAGCUUUGAAGCUGACGCUGCAUUGGUGUUAGGGUACCUAUAUUCUAUUCAUUGUUUUUUUAUACUUACCGU